AUGGAAAUGAAAGGCCCAAAAGAAAGCCACACGGCUCAAGCCUAUGAUCCCGAUACAGAUGAGGGUACAGCUGGAAUCUACAUCGAUCCAGUCAAGGAACGGCGAAUGAUGAGGAAAUUUGACUUCUUCGCAAUUGGCUUAUUGGGCUUGUUUUAUAUGAUGGCUAACCUGGACCGGUCCAAUAUUGGAAAUGCCAAUACAGCAGGAAUGCCCGAGGACUUGGGUCUUGUUGGUAAUCAAUUUGGCACAGCGACAACUCUCCUUUAUGCGACUUACGUUCCAUUUGAGGGACCGAUAGCGGUGCUCUUGAAAAUCAUCGGCCCCAAGCCACUGCUCUCUACAUGCGCAUUCUGCUGGGGGGUUACCACUUUAGGCAUGGCAUUCAUAAAGAAUUGGCAAGGGUUGUAUGCCUGCCGGUUGUUGAUGGGAUUCUUCGAAGCCGGACUUAUACCGUGUAUUAAUGUGUAUAUUGCUCUGGUGUAUAAGAAGAGCGAGCGCGGAAAGCGGUCGGCCACGAUUUUUGCAUUCAGUGCCUUCUCAAGUGCUUUUGGUGGACUUCUCGCAUAUGGCCUUACUCAAGUUCACGGGCCGAAUGGGUGGGAAGGAUGGCGUUGGCUCUUUGCCGUCGAAGGUGCUAUGACCCUAGUUCUAGUCCCUCUCUUUCUUUUUCUCUUCCCCAAACAUCCCACCUUGGCAUGGUUUCUCACUGCAGAAGAGAAAACAUUGAUGCAAGCUCGUUACGACAAUGAUCCGCACUGGGGGCAAGACGAAAAUUUUACCUGGGCUGAUUCCUUGAGUAUAUUCACCGACCCCAAAUGGUACGCGUUUUGGACCUACCAGUUCAGCGUGGAUAUCUCAUUAUAUGGAUUCACGACAUUUUUGCCGAAGAUCGUUUCCGGGCUUGGAUACUCGGGAGUCCAAGCAAAUUUGAUGACCGUUCCAAUUUAUAUGGUUGGACUGAUUUGGUUUCUUGCAAUCGCAUACUGCUCGGAUCGCGUUGGACUGCGAGGUCCAUUCCUUGCUGGGCCUUUGCUAUGUCUAAUUAUUGGAUAUGCAAUCUUGAUCUCAGUGGAAAAUGUGAAAGUGAGAUUCUUUGCAUGCUUCGUUGUGGCACUCGGUAUCUACCCGACAACAGGAUUGUCACUCAUGUGGCUCCAGGACAACACAGCGCGUCAUUUCAGGCGUGCGACAAUGGUAGGUAUGACGCUAUGUUUUGGAAAUACGGCAGGAGUUGCUGUGGGCCAAAUCUUCACAACCCAGUCGGCACCGCGUUACAUCAAGGGUCUAUCUAUUAGUUUAGGUCUUGCGGUUGUCGCAUUAGUAAUGGUUGGUGCCUUGAUGAUUGGAAUGACCGUGGUGAAUAGAAAGAGAGCAGCAAAGAUCCAGAGAGCCGAGGAAGCAGGCGAGGUGUUAGAAAACAGGCCAGAGAAAGGAGACUACGAUGUGUAUUUUAGAUAUUCUCUAUAG